AUGGCGGAAUCAACAUCUGACUUGGAAGAUCAAGCAAUGGUGGUAGACGGAGGGAAUAGAGAUCUUAAGGUGCAAAAAAUCCCAGUGAUGGCUUUUGGACCAUCCCACGAAGCUAAACUUAGAGAAUUGUUGCAUAAGAUUUGCUUACAUGAGAUUAAGCUAUGCUCUGAUGCUGCAAAGGAAUUCGCUAAGUUACUAAAGGGAGAAACUGGCGGCGAUUUGUUGCGUCUGUAUUACCGGAACUCACCGGAGUUUGCUGAGCUUCUAGAGGCGUGGAAGCUUCGAAAUGGAAAACGAGGAUUGUCCCCUAUAUUCAAGCUUAUCCAGACGAUUUUGAGUCACCCUGAGGGCAAAGAUAGAUCGACUGAUAUUGGAAGAGAUAUUGACCAGUUUGGUAGGAAGCUUUUUAGAGAAAAACUUGAUGACAUUUACAAAGCACUGAACAGCAAUGAGGGGAAACAACAGAAUGCUGCACUUUCACUGUUGACUUCGAUAGUUAGACGUGGUCCGGGGAUGGCAUCAGAAGUAGCUAACAAGUUUAAUUUUAAGGAUUUCGCGAAACUGGCUGAGUAUAAAACGCGUGGGGCGCACAAGGUUGCGAAACACUCAACGAGGAGGGAUUUUGUUGCGUUUGCAGUGUCAUUUCUUGAAGUUGGGAAUCCUGGAUUGCUAAGGUCUGUUUUACAGCAGAAGGAAAUGUAUUCUAGUGUCCUACGUGGCCUUGGGAAAGAUGAUGAAGACACUGUGGCUUCUGUGUUGUCUACGUUGAAGGAUAAGAUCCUUGUGAAACAAUCAUUGAUUUCUCCUGGUCUAAGGAGUGUUCUAUUUGGUAGGGCUACACUAGAGCAGCUAGUCAACAUCUCAGCAAGAGAGGAUGGUGAGAUUGUGAAUGAGUUGGCCCAUGAUGUUCUUGUUAAGGUUUGUACGGACCCCAGCAAUGGAUUAAUGCCAGAUAUAAAGAGAGGGUUGAGAGGGUUGAGAGGCAAUCUGAACAGACUACUAGUGCUCAUGAAGAGUUUGAGAGCAACAGAAGUUGGUUAUCACAAGGAUUUGCUUCUAGCCAUUGCUAGGGCUAGACCAUCUUUAGCUUCAACUUUCUUGGAUGAAUUUCCAUACAAUGUGGAAGAUUUUGCUUCACCAUCCUGGUCUUCUUCUAUUUCCUUGGCAGCAGAUUUGGUAUCGUCAGUAAGAAUUUCAUGUUCCUUUGACUUUCUCAAUCCAGAUCAACGUGGUACUGCUGGUUCAGAUUUUCAGACUAUCAUGAAAUGCAUAUGCCCCCGACCAUUUAGCCGGUCAUUAAUCACUAAAGGGAUGCUUCAUUCUGUUUCUUUUGUGAAGAGCGGGACCUUGAGAUUUCUCUCAGAGACGCUGAGGCUGUGGGAUUCUUUUGCUACUGCGUGGAAAGUUUGCUCGUCUCAUAGCUGCUCUGCUGAAAAAAUUCCAGCUUCUCUUGAGCGGGAUGUCAUGGGUGAGGCGAGAAGCUUUUUUCCAGACUCCCAGGUGUUAUUGACUGCACUGAAGUCUCUGUGGGGUUCUAGCGGAACUCAAAAGCUGCCUUUGAAGAGAAAAGCAGUGUUGGAUAGAGAAAAACCCGUUAAGAGACCUAGGAAGGAUGAUGAUAUCGUCAUUAAUGUGGGAGGUUCUGAUAUAGAUAGCCUUUUGGCGGAUGCUCAGAUGACAGAUCAGGUGGAUGCUCAGAUGACAGAUGAGGCAGAUACUGGAAAAGAAGCAGUUCUCAUAAACCUCCUGGAUGGCUUCAGAAUAUAUAUGCAUUCUGGGCUUAAUGGACUUGAAGGAUCGUUUGAUGUCUUCAUGAAAUUACUGAGCAGUUCUUCAGGUUUACCAGCUGAAUUGCAGAGAGCUCUCUUGUCUGUCCUCAAUGAGUACAUCAGUUGGACGCCAAAGCCCCAAAUUGAGAGAGUUCCCACAAGAAUUCCACCACUUAUGUUCAAGCAUUUGCAUGUAUUCAUUAAUUUGUUACUUUUUUCAUCAGACAACGAGGUGAAGGAUCUAGCGAAAAAUUUAGCACUGGUAGCUAUGAGAAGCACCGGUGCAUUUGACAAAAAUCCAACUGAAAUUGGUGGAUGGUUCCUCUUUUUACCAGGUUAUCGAAAUCUUAAAGCACCUCUUAAGGUGCAGGAGGGUGUACAGAGCUCGUCAUCAGUUGUCAUCUCCUUUUUAUGUGAUGCAGUUUCGACUGUUGGAAAUAGUUUAUUCAAGCAAUGGGAUAUUGUCAGAAGUAAUUUGUCCCAUUUAGAAGGUGAAUCAAUUGGUUUUAGCCCCCUUACUCGUUGUAUUCUGCAGAAGUGUGUGAGUCUACUAAAUUCUGAAUCCAAAACAUAUUCUUUAGAAGAGAAGACUGCAAUAUCUCUGUAUGUCUGCAGCACAUCGAAAUCUCUUUUGCAAACUCAGGUAGAUUCCAAACCACUCUCAUGUUUGAUCCAGUCAGUUUUGUCUGAGGUGGUUGAUGAAUCUAAGGAUUCUUCGUGUGAAUUUAGGCCAUUGAGAAUGUUGCUGCUUUUCUCACAAUCUUUGUCAGACAGAACACCUUUCAUCUUGCAAUCCAGAAGGACAGCAGGCAGACUUGCUGACACUUCUUUUGCAAAUACUCUUGAUGAGAUCAAAGGACUGGUGAAAAGUAUUUCUCCUGAUGAAAUUCUUGGAGUCGUUAAAGCGUUUUCUUCUGCAUUGAUAUGUGCAACACCUGAAUCGCUUUUGAAGAAUUUUGCUUCUGUUAUGGCUGUUUCUUGGGCUUUCUACGGAACAUCAUUCUCAUUUUUACAGUCCAUCGUCUUUCUAGAGGAAAACUUCCUCGGAAACCUUUUAAAGGUAUCUCCUGGCUUAUUUGUGCGAGGUUCAGAACUUACUGGGUCAACGAAUCUCUGUGGAGGAACAGUAGAUAGUGAGAUUGAUUUUGCUGACAACUUAGCCAUAACUGAAGAAAUCAAAAGUAAAAUGGGCACUCCUGAUAUUGAAUCAUCUGUCUUCUUUACGUUUUUAGAGCAGACUCCUUUUCCUGUGUUACUUAACGCAAUUAUGAGAAUGGAUAUAUCUUGCUUAUCAGAAUUUCCAAGAAUAUCAGAGCUACUGCUGCUAAAAGUUGCGCAGUCUAAAAGUGAUAGUAUUGAAUCAGAUAUCCAAUCAAUACUAUUCUGGCUUUCCCAAAUACGAUCAACUUACAAGGUUCAACCAGCUCAGGUACUCUGUCAACUCUCUGAGAUCUGCUUACGUCUCAUGAAGCAAUUGCUCUCUCAAAUAUCAGAACAGGACCUUGUCUCUGGACCCUCUUCAGAUAAGCUUGUUGCUCCUUUUGCAAACUGGAAGCAUCAAGUGGCCCAGACAGUUCUUUGCCACCCAGUUGGGAUGGCACUGUUGGAGAGUCCCUUGGAUUGUGGCACACUACCUCAAGUGCAGAAUGUUGAGAUUUUUUCGGAAACGAGCAGGCUAGUUAUUAGUGAAAUAGAUCAACACAUCCUUGAUCUUUUGGCUACUACUUGUGAGCACUUUUUGUUGGAUGAGAGACACGUUGUGCGGAAAAGGGACCUCAGGGCCAACGAGUCAAUUAUGGCUUUUCAGAAAUUGGUCAAAAGGUUGCUCUUGUUAUUCAGAGGCAAGUUUGAGCUUUGUGUUGGUUCUCAAAAUUACGCUCCACUUGUCCAAUCAUCACAACUGAUUCAUGCUUUGUUGAGGUUUAUAUCACCUUUUGAACUUUUAAAUCUUGCUCGUUCCAUGCUUAUUAACGUGGAAAAACUGGCAAGCCCAAAUUUGAGUAUGAUUGUCAGUUUGGGAUUGGAUAUUGCUGGCGGAGCUUUUGAAAUGCUUAUAUUGUAUUCACAGCAGCCGGCUGCAAAGAGGGGGGUAUAUGAUUUGCUGUGGGAUUUAGAAGAAAAGGAUUAUGACAGUAACCUCAUUGAGGAAGUCUAUAGCCUGGCGUGCAGGUUUUCUACCUCUUUUGGUUUGGUUUCGGCAGAUACUUGUUUGCUUAAAGUUGGGGGUGGCAUUUUCAGGGGGAAACAUAAUCAGCUUUGUAGUGUUCACCCGUUGACCGUGAUAAUUGCACAGAUUGUUGGGAGAACUCCUAAAGACUUGAUUAUCCACUGCAUUAGCAAGGCAAGCAUGACCAGAGCCAAGAUAUUGUUCUAUCUUGUGGAGUGCAGUCCCUUGCAUCUGUCAGUUUUUGGACACUCUUUCAGUAUGCUAAGUAAGCAGCAGGAUGGCUCUGCGCUUACAGAUGAUCAGCUUAUCAUGCUUCUGCCUGCUGUGCUAUCGUAUCUGAAAUCAAUUGCAAAACCCGAGAAGCCGUGCAGGAGAUAUUUGGAUAUAACUUCAGUUUAUUCGGACAAAGUUCAAAUAAAUGGUUUUCUUCAGGGGUCGAAGUUUUUGUCUGGGUGCAUCUUUGAAGAGAAGUAUGAAGAGAUUCUUUUGUUGACGACUGAGGAUAUCGACUCUAUGUUUAAUGCAAGUCUUCUAGGGAAGGCAGUACGUAUGUUUCAGGAGCACUUUGCCUUAACUGAAAGUCCAACUAAAACAGAGGAUCUCAGAAAGGUUUUCCAAUCCAUGUUUCCUCAUACUGGUGCUGACAAAGAGGUGUUGGAUUACGAGAUAAAAGAAGAGGACGUUCAGUCGGUAGACCAAAUGUUUAAUGUUGCUAUCCGUGUAGUUGCAAAAGUAGAACUUUCAAGGACCUAUUUGUUUCCUGAGGGGAGGAAAAGUUCUCCAGAUAUAGGAUCCAACAGAGAGGGUUUGUUAACGCUGUUACUAGAUGCUUUAGUUAACAUUUGGCAGUGUAUUGUCAAGAGAUCUGAUGGUUCUUUUAAAGAGAAUUCCGAAGGGAAGCGAGACAAGUGUUGGUUCCUGUGCAAAAGCCUUGAAGACUUCAUUUUGAGAAGUAUUCUAAAGUUUUUGGAAGACAUGUGUGAGGAGCUUGAGCACUUGGAUUCCCUUCCUUUCCUGGAGAGACUGGUAGAAUCAGUUUUUCUGUAUAGAUUUGAGGACUCGAAGACAAUGAAGAUACUCAGGGGAAUUUUCUCCCUAUUGUCUAGAGGAAAGUACUCGUAUGCACCAUAUGCUGUCAGGGUUGGAAAGUGCUGUCUCGAAAAACCUGAUUAUGUGAAGCAGUUAGAAAUUGUCAAGACUCUCAGAGUGCUGCUCUCCAAAUGUGGAAAAGAUUGCGGAAUCAAUCUGAAAGAACUGCAUUUUCUUCUUUUGUGUUCUUAUGGUGCAACGCUGAGCGAAAUCGACUUAGAGCUCUACAAGUUGAUGCAUGAUAUCGAGCUGAUUGAUGACGAACACGGGCUCUAUGUUUCUGAAACAGGUUAUUUGUGGGGUAAACCUGCCUUGAAAAUAAGAGAGGGACUGCGUGUCUCUCAGGAUGCAUGUGACGGUGGUGAAGCUGAUGAUAUAGUGCAAGAUCUCCGGCAGAGUCUUUUCAAAGAGAAUCUUUGUGUUGAUCCCAAUAAAUGUGCUCUAACUGUUUCGUGUUUUCCUUACCAACGAACUGCAGAGGUAUCGGAUAACUCUUACCUAUAUGAUGAUCCAAUAAGCGAGAAAUGCUCACCUGUUAUUGACGACAUUGAACGAUAUGAUCCGGCUUUCAUCCUGAGAUUCUCAGUACACUCAUUGUUCAUGAGAUAUAUCGAACCUGCUGAAUUCGCCAGUUUAGGCUUGCUUGCAGUUGCGUUUGUGAGCAUGUCUUCAGCUGAUCUUGGGAUGAGAAAAUUGGGCUAUGAGACUCUUGCGGAAUUUCUUAAGAUUUUAAUGAAGAUGUCUAAUGAUGGUGAUGUUGAUAAUGUUGAUGGAAGUAUUCGUCGUAAGAGUUCUAGGGAGAAUAAGCAUGUAAAGGGGCUUAGGCUUCUGCUUACGUAUGUGCAAAAUGGAGUUGAGGAAGAUUGGCAAAGAAUUCCAACAGUUUCUGCUGUUUUUGCCGCUGAGGCAUCUCUUAUAUUGUUGGAUUCUUCUCACGAACAUUAUGUUCCCAUAUAUAAACAGUUGGAGAGCUCAUCUACACUGAAGCUGAAGGGAAUACCUUUGUUUCAUGAUUUUUUCUGGAGCAGUGCUGUUAACUUUAGAUCACAGAGGUUUUGGAAACUUCGCCUAGUGUGUCGGAGUUUGAAGUCAGAUGAAGAUUGUCAAAUUUACAUUAGAAACGACAUCGUUAAGGAACUGAUGAGUUUUUCCUCAACUCCUCUUGCUGAUGAUGAAACUAAAGGACUCAUUCUUCAGGUUGUGAGAGAGUCAGUCAAAUUCCAUAAGAUGGCACGACAUCUAGUUGAAAAUUGUGAUCUGUUUUCAUGGUGUUCAUCAUUUAUAUCAACGUUUAUUACAAAGCCCUUUGGAGACGAAGAUUUGCGCUUGGUGGUUGUCUUGGAGGUCAUAACUGAUGCACUUGCCUCCAGAAACGUCACAGAGUGGUUGCAAAGAUCUGCUCUUGAAGGGCUAAUGGCAAUCUCAUCGCGUUUAUACAGACUUUUAGGUGGUGGACUGGUUUCAGUACAAGAAAAUGCUACUUCGGUUGAUUUAAUUCUGCAGAUACUGUAUGCUACUCUAAAGAUAUCACAGAAACGAAAAGUGUACCAGCCACAUUUCACCAUCACAGUCGAGGGGAUAUUCCAACUCUUCGAGGCUGUUGCUAGUUGCGAUUCCCCUCAAGUCGAAGCUAGUGCAGAGCGCGGGCUUAAUACUAUAUUAAUGAGCACCCCGCCAGUUGACAUUAUAAGCAUGGAUGUGGAGAAGCUGCGAAGGUUUCUUUUGUGGGGAACCACCACGGCCUUGAAGUGUGACCUUAAAAAGAAACCUAGGCCAAGUGAGUCUCAUCAAGAUGCUAAAACACUUGCCGAAGAACCACUAGAGGAGACUAUGGUAGCUAAGUUUCUACGAUGGCUGUUGGCUUCAGUGAUUCUUGGGAAGCUUUAUUCUAAAGAUAAUGAUUCAUACCCGUCAGUCUUGAGUAAAACAAAGCCUGAAACUCUGAGGACGUUGUUAGAAUACUUCAAGACAAGGAAUCUCCAAGACAGCGAGACAAGGUCAGAGCACAUUAUAGGGGAAGUAAUUGUACAUCUCCAACAGCUUCUGUGUACAAACUACGGGGUUCUUCCCUCUGUUGUAUGUGCACUUUCUCUCAUGCUUCUUCGCAAUGACCCCGGAGUUGCAGGUUUAGAGUUCAUUGGCGAUUACAAGCUCAUCGAAUCACUGUGUUCUAAGAUCAGUAGUCCUCCUGAGGCAACUCCUGCCUGGAGAUGGUCAUAUUACCAGGCAUGGAAGGAUCUUUCAUCAGAACCAGCCACAGAUCUUGAAAAGAUCGAUGAACUCCAUGCAUGCCAACACCUUUUGCUGAUAUUAGCUGAUAUGCUUGGAGAAAAGCCACGGGAAUCUAAACAGGUGUUGCUUCAUAAAAGUUUUGACAUGUCGAGUGUAUUUGAAUGGGAAAGAAGUUUUGUUGAGAUCUAG